AUGUCGACCCAAGCCCAACUCAUCGAACAAGGCCUGACCCUCACCGAACCGCAGCGCGAAGCCCACGACGCGCACCACGGCCUCACAGCACAGCACUACCUCGCGCACCCUCCCCACGGCAUAACGCACGCCGAGAUGAUCCACUUCCUCACGGGCCACAUCCCUUCCGUGGCGACAUUCACCGAGGCGUGGGCGUACGCGCCGCUGCCCGCGGUCGCAAUGUACCUCACGCGUGGGUACUUGAGCGCCGACAGCAAGUUCCACCUCGAGGCCGCGGUGAACGCGUACAACCUCGCCGUGCGCAACUCUACCGGGCGGUCAAACUAUCUUGGGCCUGCGGAGCCGUCCUUCCUCGAUACCGAGGUGCGCAGGGAGUGCCUGCCGCUCCUCUUGCCUCAGCCGCGGCCUGGUGCACCCGCCCCGCGCUCGGCGGCCGUGCCGCGCUCGGAUGAGUGCAUCGUCGCGACCAUGUCAUGGGUGUUUGGCCGCCCGUGCACGCCCCACGACGUGGCGUACCUCCGCGCCAACUGUCCCCCGCUGUACGGGUACGUCGCGGUGCGCGCCCAGGCGCUCAUGUACCAUGCUCUUACGGACAGCCUGCGCCGCAGCGGCCGGCAGUGGCUCCACUGGGUGGUCGAUCUGCUCGGCAGCGUGGUGCACCAGGCCGGGGAGGAGAGCGCCGCGACGACGGUCGGGAGCAAGCGCCGCCGCCUCGAGGAGGCUCCGGCGCCACGCGGUGUCGGCGUUGCAGAAGACGCGCAGUUCGCUGUUCACCCGUUCGACUUUUAUGCCAUGCAGCGAUGCAUCACCGAGGCGGAAGUAACUCCUUCGUCGACUUCGUAG